UAAAAGAAAAUAUUAUGCAAAUAUUAGCACACCAAAAAAGAAAAUUAUGCUGACAAUAUUAAUAUUUGAAAGAGAGAAAAAACAAGCUCUGAUGUAAAAGGCCUUCCCUUUCCCCCCAUCUGGCUAUUUUUCUCAAAGGAAAGGCUUUGGAUUUUCCUUAGAAAAUGGGGGUUAUGUCAAGGCGGGUUGUACCCGUCUGUGGCAACCUCUGUUUCUUUUGUCCUUCAUUGCGGGCAAGGUCAAGACAACCUGUUAAGCGUUACAAGAAGUUUCUUUCUGAAAUUUUUCCUCGUAAUCAGGGUGCUGAACCGAAUGAUAGGAAAAUUGGGAAACUUUGUGAAUAUGCUUCAAAGAAUCCAUUGCGAAUUCCCAAGAUUACAGAAACGCUGGAGCAAAGAUUUUACAAGGAGUUGCGGCAUGGAAACUUUGGAUCUGUGAAAGUUGUGAUGUGCAUUUAUAGGAAAUUUUUGUCGUCAUGUAAGGAACAGAUGCCACUAUUUGCCAGUAGUUUAUUGGGGAUAGUCCGAGUUCUUUUGGAACAAACUGGGCAGGAUGAAAUGCGGAUUCUUGCUUGCAACGUUCUUGUUGACUUCAUAAAUAUUCAGACAGAUAGCACACACAUGUUCAACUUAGAGGGCCUCAUUCCUAAGCUCUGUCAAGUGGCUCAAGAUGUUGCUGAUGGUGAAAGAAUGCUACGUUUACAUUCAGCAGGACUGCAAGCUUUGGCUUCCAUGGUAGGCAUUUCACUUCCUCCCUCUCCUUCGCCCUUUUUCUUUUUUCCCAGCUCAGAUGUUGUUCAUAGAUAUAUCCAUGCAUUUCGACACUCAUUAGAAGUGGAAGUUUUCUUAUUAUUAGGACAAUAUUCAUGGUUUUCUAAAGGUUUAAAGAAAGAAGGACGAAUUAUAUCAGUCACUCUGGAGAACUACAUCGAUUCCCAAAUGAUUCCAGACGAUUCCAAGGAAGAUCAAUGGGUUCAAGGAGUGCUUAAAGGAGAAGAAAAUGAUUCCUCUUUCCCAGAUAUUAGCAAGAAGGUUGCCUUAAGCUUUAAUGCUAAACCUGAAUUGGAUCCCUCUGUGGAUACUUCCAAAAGUCCAUCUUACUGGUCUAGGGUUUGUUUACAUAAUAUGGCCAAACUAGCAAAGGAAGCUACAACAGUACGACGUGUACUUGAACCUCUGUUCCAUAAUUUUGAUACAAACAAUCAUUGGCCCCUGGAAAGAGGAGUUGCAUACCCUGUUUUGAUAUAUUUGCAAUCGCUUUUGGAGGAAGCAGGGGAAAAUUCACAUUUGCUAUUAUCAAACCUGGUCAAGCACUUGGAUCAUAAAAAUGUUGUCAAACAACCUCUGCUACAGACAGAUAUUGUUAAUGUCACCAUGCAGCUGGUACAAAAUGCAAAGCAGGAGGUCACAGUUGCAAUCAUUGGUGCAAUAUCUGACUUGGUUAAACAUUUGCGAAAAUGCCUGCAAAAUUCUGUCGAACUACCCAGUCCUGGGGAUUGUGUUGCCAAACAAAAUGCUGAUCUUCAGUUUGCCAUAGAAAAAUGUAUCUCACAGCUCUCAAAUAAGGUUGGAGAUGUGGGACCCAUACUUGAUACUAUGGCUGUCUUCUUAGAAAAUAUUUCAACUACUCCUAUUGUAGCUAGGACGACAAUUUCUGCUGUUCAACGGACAGUACAGCUAAUUGCUUCCGUCCCCAACAUAUCAUAUCACAAGAAGGCUUUUCCUGAUGCUCUAUUUCACCAAUUGCUCAUAGCAAUGACCCAUCCAGACCAUGAAACAAGAGUUGGAGCUCACAGUGUCUUAUCUGUUGUGCUUAUGCCAUCCUUACUUUCUCUUUGGUCAGACGAGAAUCAGAAAACAUCAUAUGCUAUUUCUAGUUUGUUAAGUGCAAUCCAUAAGACGAAUAGUGGAAGCUUCUCCUUUCAGGAAGAGGGUAAGGAUAAGGCAGAAGCCAUAGAUGGAGGAUCACAGGAUGAAGACAGUGGAGUAUCACGCGUGGGCAGAAAAGAAUUUGGAAAAAGUGAUACCACAGAUGGAAAAACACAAACUUCUCUCCGAUUGAGUAGUCAUCAAAUCAGUCUUCUGCUUUCAUCAAUAUGGGUUCAGGCAACAUCUACAGAGAAUAUGCCUGCAAAUUUUGAGGCCAUGGCUCACACCUAUAAUAUUGCUUUGCUGUUUACUCGAGCUAAGGCAUCCAACCACUUGGCUUUAGUUCGGUGUUUUCAGCUGGCAUUCUCUCUUAGGAGCAUCUCUCUGGAUCAAGAAAGAGGUCUACCACCAUCUCGCAGAAGGUCUCUCUUCAUGUUGGCAUCAUACAUGAUUAUUUUUUCUGCAAGGGCAGGGAACCUCCCAGAGCUAAUUCCUAUAGUUAAAGCAUCCUUGACAGAAAAAACGGCUGAUCCUUACCUUGAGUCAGUGGAAGAUAUCAGGCUGCAGGCUGCUCAUUUAGUAUCUGAUGGAGGGAAGAAGAUAUAUGGAUCAGAGGAAGAUGAUAUUGCUGCAUCAAAAUCUCUCUCAGCAGUGGAACUUAAUGACCAUCAUUUGAAGGAAACUGCAGUAACCCAAUUCAUAAAAAAAUUUGCAAAAAAUUUGACCGAGGAUGAGUUAUCAAGCAUAAAGAGUCAACUUCUUCAGGAAUUUUUGCCUGAUGAUGCAUACCCAUUGGGAGCUCCCUUGUUUAUGGAGACACCAAGGCCAAGCUCUCCUCUUGCACUAGUGGAGUUUCGGGCUUUUGAAGAGAUCAUACCUGCAGCUUCCUUGACAGAUGACGAAACCUUCACUGAUGCUAAUAAUGGGAGUCAGUCAGAUCGUAAAACUUCACUUUCUGGCAAUGUGGUAGAUAUCCUAAGUGUCAAUGACCUUUUGGAAUCAGUCUUGGAAACAGCCAGACAAGUUGCAAGCUCCCAGCUCUCCUCCACACCUGUCCCUUAUGACCAAAUGAAGAAUCAGUGUGAAGCUCUUGUGACAGGUAAACAGCAGAAGAUGUCAAUGCUUCAAAGUUUUAAGAAUCAAAAUGAUUCCAAGGUUUUCCCCUCUGAAGAUGAAAAGAAAGGCACUUCAGCAUUUAUUCAGAAUGAGGUGUUUUCACAAAGUGAUUUGAUAUUAAGUGAUAACAAUCAAGUCCAAGCGUCCGACCAACUAGCCAUCUGCUCGGUUGAGCACGGACAAAGUUCUUUCAGAUUACCACCUUCAAGCCCCUAUGACAAAUUCUUGAAAGCAGCUGGAUGCUAAAGAUUUUUAACUAUUAUUUCCACAUA